AUGGCAAAAGCAGUUCGACCUACGAUUCACAUGCGGCCGUUGAGGCUUGACUCGACAGCCGUUUCAGCUGCGGCGCAAACACUCAGCCUUUCUUUUGCCACUGACCCUCUGAUUAACGAAGAGCGAAUCGGAAUCAUGAUGGAUGGCCACUAUGCAUCUGCAAAGAAGAUUAAGAGUAGAUAUCCUCCUAACUCACUCUAUUACCUGGAGAUCGCUGCGGUCAAACCAGACACUCAAGGGAUGGGUGUCGGUGGUGCUAUUAUGAGUUGGGUUGUGGAUCGGCUGGGAAAGUCCCCCUGUUUCUUGGAAUGCACCAACAAGGAAAACAUUCCCUUUUACGAGAAGUAUGGAUUCAAACUAUUGGAGGAGAAGACACUGUCCCAUGGAGCAAAUCAGUCCUCCACCACCCUGUAUUAUAUGGUGAGAGACAAGGCAAGGCUUGGACUGUAA